UUAUUCAGUUUCUCACAUGCUUCAUCAAGGUCAUCAUAAUUAUUAAAAUACGACCAGUCUAAAUUCCUGAGGUCCUUCAGAAAAGCCUCUUUACUGAAGUUCUUGUAGCUACGAACCUUGCAUGUUUUAGGUUCAAAUUUUGGCCUUUUGAAUUUUCUGAUCACAUAAACUAAAUUGUGAUCACUGAUGCCUAAAUCCAUGACACCAGUUUUAGAAAUACAAGAACUGUUAGAAAGUAUCAAGUCUAUAAGAGUGCUACUAUUUUCAGUAACACGAGUUGGCUCCGUAAUAUGUUGUUUUAGGAAAAGAGUGGAGCAUAAUUCCUUUAUUUUGGAGGAAAGAGCAUAUUUUGGAGGAAAGAGCAUAGUAUAAGAUAUAGAGAGACCACUACUAAUUAGCAUGUGCCAGAUGCUCAGGACAUGAAAGCGUACUUAUGUGUCUGACACGCAGGGCAUAAGGUAUACUUGUGCAUGUGAAGAGCUUUCUGAAGGAGGCUUCUGCAUUUCUACUCCUUUUCCAAAUUAUUAUUAAAAAGUGGAAUGCACGCAGAAUGUGUUUAUUAUAUAUUUUAUAUUUAUUAUAUAUAUUUAUUAUUAUUAUUAUUAUUUUAUUAUUAAAACAUAUUUAUACAGGGUAAAAACGUUUCAACGUAUAUAUACAUUGCUAUCAAUAUAGGCGCCCUAUAUGUAUAUAAUAUAAGUAUGUUUGCUGUGUAGGGAGGACACACAGUCAGGGAGAGUAUUAAGUGCGAAGGACUGUCGAAGCUGGGGCACUCUGAAAAACAAAACAAAAAAAUAAAUAAGACAGUGGGUAAAACUAAAAACAUUUAAACUGAAGGUCGAGAAAAUGAAUAAUGGUUAGACACGUGCAAAGCUGGGGCGGGAAGAGAAGUUAAGGUUCAAGACUAGGGUACAUAGAAACUAAAACAUGUCUUUGCAGCAGUGUUUGUCACGAACUAACACUCUUGCUUAGGUUAUUAUAAAUAUAUGCCCCUGGAUAUUACCUCCUGCCAGAUUUGGUGCGGACCUUAGGCAAUAUAAUGAAAGAAUUAUUUCAUUUAGUUUUUUUAUAAUGAUGUGAUCGUGUAAAAUAUUCUCAAAAAAUUUCAGGAUUAAGCCAAUCCAAACAUUUAAAGAGGUCUACUACACGACAUAAUUUCAUUUCGUUUUUAACGUAUCUCCAGGGGUAGGAUUUACGCCCAUAGACAAUAUAAUUUGCUUGAUCCUGAAGAUGUUGUAGUCUUUGGUUGUCUUUGUAGACAAACAAGUUGGAGCAAUAAAACAUAAUUGGAGAAGCAGUAUAGCUUUAAAAACAGAUUCAGCAACGAAUGGACUCAUGUAUUGGCGUACUUUUGUCAGAAGGCUUAAUCUAGCAAAUCGGUAUAAAUGAGUGAUUGGUCCAGGGUUAUUCCAAGGUAUUUGCAUAUGGUUGUGCAGUUGAGAGUGAUUUCCUUUGUUUCAACCUUCACCGGAUCUGUUGGAAAUACAGAUGACGCUAAACAGUUGUUUAUUAGAGGAGCAAUGGUUGGUGCUAUUUCUUCGGUGCCAUCUUUGAAAAAUUGUACCGGUAUAUCGUCAUAUCCCAGCGAUUAGCUAAUUGAAAUACACUGUUUAUAUUGUUUUUACAGAUGAAAACCUAGCAUGGAAGAUAUUCUUGAAAUUCUGCAGAAAUUUGUAAAAAAUAAUAGCAUUAUUGUUAUUGCUAUAUUUGUUGUCAUUGUUCAUGGACUUACAAAAAAGUUGCUUACUUGGACCAAUCCUGAAAAAGAUAAUGAUGAAGAUGACAACAUACAUCCAGACGGUCUGGAUGAAAAACAAGAAUUCAUCCCUUACACUCCUCCGCGAUUCUCAGAAAGUGAAAUGAUUAAGAGAAGCAAAGAAUUUUACAAAGAAAUGAAUGAGCGAAGAAGUGUUAGAUUUUUUAGUGAUAAAGACGUGCCGUUGGAAGUGAUUGAAAAUAUUAUUCGGACUGCUGGUACUGCCCCAAGUGGUGCACAUACUGAACCAUGGACAUACGUCGUAGUAAAAAGUUUCGAUAUAAAACAAAAGAUAAAAGAGAUCGUCGAACGAGAGGAAGAAAUCAACUAUAAGAAGCGCAUGGGUAAACAGUGGGUUAAAGACCUCGAGUUUUUGAAAACAAACUGGUUAAAACCUUACAUGACCACGGCGCCGUAUAUCAUCGUGGUCUUCAAGCAAACAUACGGAAUAACAUUAGACGGUGGAAGGAAAACGAAUUAUUAUCAUGAAGUCAGCGCUUCUAUAUCAUGCGGUUUGCUUCUCGCGGCCAUCCAACAUGCCGGCCUUGUUACCUUGACGUCGACGCCCCUUAAUGCUGGUCCAGCCCUGCGUGAUUUGCUGAAUCGCGGUAAAAACGAGAAAGUACUUUUGCUGCUUCCUGUUGGUUAUCCGUCAGAUGAUUGUCGAGUGCCGCACAUUCAUCGGAAGAAGUUAAACGAAAUUAUGGUUACGGUUUAAAAAUUACACUCAGAGUUGCUGCAAGGACUUGAAUAAAUGAGUUGGGUUUAAUGCCACACUUAGUAUAGUUUUUCUACCUUAUUAUAUUUCAAAUGCCUGGUAAAAAUCCAUUGCAAAUCAGACUAGACUUGGUGAGCAUCACAUGCGUUUAAGAGAAGGCGUACGUUAUGGCUUUAUUUCUAAUCGUCUGUACAGGGUUGUGGCAUUACACAGAGUUGCCGCGGGUCCAAAAGAACCUUAAAAGCCUAAGUUUUGAUCAACCCAAUGAGAUGCACUAAAAUGUAGCAAAUAUUUGCUAAAAAUCCUCACGAUCCUACAUUCCCUUAAAAUAUUUUUUGUAUUCAACAUGAAUUCUUGAAACUUAUUUAAAAAAAGAUAUAAUAGAAUAGAUGCUUGUGAAAUUUUUAUAUAAAAUGCUUUAUACACGUGUUUUGUUUUUUAGAUAAAAGUGAAAAAUAAAUAGUUGAAAGAUA